AUGCUCAAUGUUCUCAAAUAACUUUAAAAUGAAAUGACUUCAAAAAAUGAUUAAAUAAGAGCUAAAGCUACUCACUAAUUUAGAGAAUAAUUAGAAUAACUUGAUGUUAAUCAAGAAGAAUCAGAAUUCUUAAUUGAAUUUUUUCUCCACAAAUUAAGUGAUCCUUAAUCCUUACUUGAUACAACAUAUAUUUUACUAAAAUUAAGUAAAUCUUAAAAGAGCAUUAAUCCAACAUUUAUAAAAAUGAUAUAGAACAAAUAGAUAAUUAUUCCUUCAUUUUCUAGAGAAGCAAGAAUUAAUUUUUAUCAAAUUUUUCUUAAUUUUCCUAUUACAUUUGAACUAGCUUCAUUAAUACUCUAGAGUAUUAUAGGAGAAAAAGAUCCAAGAAAUAUUUUAGUUGCAUUUUAACUAUGUGAUGCUAUAUUAUAAGAAAAAAAUAUAGGAAGUUAAUAUAAGAGAGAAAUUUUUGAGUUUUUAGAUUGUUAUUAUCCUAUAGAAUUUAAUGAAAAAGCAGAUCCAAGGUAUGAUAUAUAUUUAAUUAGAUUUUAAAUAAAAAAAGUAGAAAUUGAACAUAUACUUAAUAAAUGUCUAUUUAGUGAAGUAUUAUUAAAUGAAUCCAUAUUACUUUUACAAGAUAAAAUUGUAUCUGCUUAUGAUAGAGCAUAAGGAUCAGCACUUAAAAGUGUUAUGUGGAUAAUUAAAAAUUAAAAUAAAAUUACUAUAACAUAAAUUGAAGAGAUAUUUGAAUCUAUUUAGAAACUUGCAGAAUAAGUUAUAAUGGAUGAUGAUGUUAUUUAAUUAAUUCCAAUUACUUUAAUUGAAAUUUGUAAUAAUGAGAGUUUUAAAAAAGUUAAAGCAAAAAUAAAAACAAUUUCUUUGAAAACUAUUGAAGAAAUACCAGCAACUUAAUAAGGAUUUAUUUAUUUUAAUUUUUUAAAACUUUUAGUUUAAAAUCAUGAAGAAACAAUUUUUUAAGAUAUUGUUCAAAUAUUUAAUAAAAAAUUUGAUACAAAAAAUAUUAAUGUUACUUAAAAAAGGUUAGAGAAUGUAAUCUCAACAAUUGCAGAAUAUAAAAAAUAUAAUAGAGAUUUUAUUUCUGAAUUAAAAAAUAAUCAAAAAUCACAAUUAUAUGAUAAAUUAUAAUAAGGAAUAAAUCAUAAGAUGUAAAAUGUCUUUAUUCUUACUCUUAAAUGUUUAGCUGACAUUAUGAAAUAUUACAUAGAUUAAUAAUAAAAUUUGGAAAUAUUUUUAUAUAAUUAAAUUAAUAAUAGGGAACUUCUAGAAUAAUAAUGCAUUUUAGAUUAUUUUGCUAAAAAUGGAAUUGUGGAUAUUAAAUAAUAUUAAUAGUUACUCAAUUUUUGGUAGGAAAAUAAUUAGUUACUAUAUGAUUACAGUUUAACAUGCUCUUUAUACAAUAUUUAAGAUCAUUUUUCAUAAUUUACAUUAAAUUUAAUUAAUAAUUAACAUCUUUCAAUAAAAUCAGAGUAAAUAUCUGCUCUUAAAGGUUAUUUAGAUAAUAAUACAAUUCCUUAUUAAAUAAGAUAAAAUUAGGCUUAAUUAGUUAUUAACCAUAUUUAUAAUCCUUUAAAUAAAAAUAGAAAAAACAAACUAAUAAAACAAUUUAUUUAAUUCAUAUUAAAGUAAUUUGCUUUUAGUUAAAAUAUAAUUAAAGAUAUUACUCUUGAAUAUAUACUUAAUCUUGAAGAUGAAUAAUUAUAUUAUUAUAUUCCUUUAAUGGAUUAUGAUUUGAAUGAAAAUCUCAUUUAAUCUAUACUUGAAAUGAUAUACAAAUAAGACUUUAAAUAGAAAGAUGUGUAAAUAAUAAAUAGAAGAUAUAUAUAUAAACUAAUUUAGUAAAUUAUUAAUAAUAUAUAUAUAGUUCUUGUUUAUCAAAAUAUCAAAAAGAAUUAAAUCUAAAUUUUCCAUCAAUAUCAUAAAUGGAGAUAUUUUUUAAUGAUUAUAAUUUAAAUUAGUUACAAUUAUAUCUAAUUAUACUUAGAUAAUAGGUAUAUAUAUUUAUUAUUAAAUUUAGAUGAUGUUUAAUAAUGAAAUAGUUUUUGAAAAAUUGAAAGAAUUAUCUUAGAGUCAUCCUUAAUUAAUAAUUCAAAUUAUUAAACAUAAAGAAGUAGAAAAUAAACCAUUUCUAUAAAAAUCAAUAGUUGAAAUAAUUAAACAAUUAAAUCAUAAACAAACAAUAAAUUAUUUAAUCAAUUAAAUAGAUGAAGAAUUCAUUAAUGAUUUAGCAAAUCUUGAAUUAUUGUAAUUAAUUAUUGAAUAUUUCAAUGAUGUUAAAAUUGAUAAACUAAAAUAACUUGCUUUAAUUGUGAAUUGGUGUCCUUUACUGAAGUUAAAAGUGAUUGAUUAAUUAGCUAAAUUAGAAACCAAUGAUAUCAAGGUUUUGUAUACUUUAAUUAAUAUUGUAAUGAAUAACUAUGAGGAAGCUAAAUAUAAUUUAGAUCUUUAUAAUACAGGGAUUAAUUUAUUUAAAAGAUAUUUAAAUUAUCCUAAAAGAGUGGUUAGAUAAGCUGCUUAAGAAGCAAUAAAUGAAUGGUGUAUAGUAUUUUUUAAAGGUUUAUGA